GUUAUUCUCAAAGAUACAAAGCGGGUUGCCGCUGGAGGGUAUGCGGAUAUCCACAUCGGCCAAUACCGUGGGCGCUGUGUGGCAUUAAAGACCAUGCACGACUUUCAAAGACAAAAAACCGAAGAAGUAUCCAAAAUUCUGAAGGUUCCGUCUACGUUCUGCCGCGAGAUCACACUGUUACACAGCCUCAACCAUCCGAAUAUUUGUGGAUUCAUAGGCGUUGACCGCGAACUUUUUGAGGGACGCUUUUGUCUAGUAACCGAGUGGAUGCCACAUGGAAAUAUCAUGGACUUUAUCGAGACCAACUCCUUUGUCUUUGGCGAGGUCAAGCAAUUCGUAGCGGAGAUAGCUUCGGCCUUGGCAUACCUGCACAGCAAGAAUGUGGUGCAUGGAGACUUACACGUCAGAAACAUUCUCAUCGACGCCGGUCGUCAUGUCCGUCUGGCAGAUUUUGGGCUUUCAGACUUUUGUGAUGCGUCUUUCGCCAGCGUUGGCUCUGCUUCUGCGGGCGCAACCCGGUAUAUGGCACCAGAGAUCUUGUUUCCGGAGAAAUACGGUCUACGACAUGUUCGCCAUACCCCUGAAAGCGACGUCCAUUCGUUCGCAAUGUGUGUCUGGGCGAUAUUCAAUGGCGAUUCCCCCUUCCACGACUAUCCGGCAGUCACAGCUUCGUUAGCGAUUAUCGAUGGCAAGCGCCCGCCACCGCAUACAGCCAAAUACGACCUUCCAGCAUCGCUGAGGUCUCUCUUAACUCUCUGCUGGCAAGAGAAGGCGAAAGACAGACCCAGCUCCUCCGAAGUCUACCAUAGACUCGGUCAAAUGUUCCAACCUCCUGCGUCGCUACACGCUCACUCGAGAACGUCAGCUGUCGGCAGCAGGAGACUGGCUCGGCUGUCGCGUCCGUAUGGCGACGCAGACAGUUCCGGAAACGAUUCUGCUUCCAGCAGCCGGCCGGAGAGCGAUGGAGGCAGACUCAGCACGCGCAAGCUACUCCGGCAGUAUCGUGCCGUGCAGUCAGCCAGAGGCACGCCUAUUACCGCGGAACUUCGGCCGCCAACCAUGAUACGGAGCCCCAUCGUGCGACCCGGCACCAGUCCACCGGCGGUCGUCGCUACACCAGACUCUACAUCACAGACAGUGCGACACCUAGCAAGUAGGCAUCCGGACGCAGAGCGGCUGGUCCCGCAGACUGUCUAUCGGCCUUCGCAGGCUCAGCAGCUACGCGGGGGGCGCGCUGCGCAAGUGUUACUCAUGCCCCCCAUCAUGUUCUACGUUUACGGCCCUCGGGGAUGCGGAAUCAGCUGUUUUGAUGCUCUUAAUGGAAGAUUCGCAGAGUUGCAGGAUCCGGACGUCCUCGUUGAGUGCCCAAGGUCUAUGAUUUUGAGAAUCAUGUGGCCUGAUUACGAGCCCUGGUCGGCGAGUAUCCUCCUUCACUCCGGGACGUCUCGGGCCGACUUAGCGAUGUGCGUCAGCCUCUAUACGCAAACAUUCAUCAACGAAUCGUUGACGAAAUGCCUGAGAGCUGAUACGCGCUGGAGACUGGGGCCCGGUGCCAUCACGCUGUCCAACCUCGAACUGGUCGGCCUGCAACCUGUAGCUGCACGAGACUGGCAGGUCCACUUCCGGGUGCGCCAAGUAGCGCCUCAGACAGCCUGA